UUCGUGAAGACCCUGACGGGCAAGACCAUCACCCUUGAGGUCGAGUCCUCCGACACGAUCGACAAUGUCAAGUCCAAGAUCCAGGACAAGGAGGGCAUUCCCCCGGACCAGCAGCGAUUGAUCUUCGCUGGUAAGCAGCUCGAGGAUGGCCGAACCCUGUCCGACUACAACAUCCAGAAGGAGUCCACUCUCCACCUCGUCCUCCGUCUGCGUGGUGGUAUC